UGCAAAACAAGCUCCCUGGAUUGCCAGGACUAGUGGUGACACGCGCCAGACAAAGGAACUGCUACUCUAUAAAUGAGGCAGCCGGGACCAGCGCUAGGCUGACUCCGGCAAGAGCAAGCUCCGUGGGCAGGCACUGGAAAAGCAGUCGGGAAAGAAUCACGGGAAGCGCCUGAUUUUGCUGCCUGUUCGCCCCCUGACCAGGCUUCCAGUGGCACAAGUACCAGAAAACAACUUAAGAAUGACAAGGAAGAUCUUCACCAACACCAGGGAGAGGUGGAGGCAGCAAAAUGUCAACAGUGCCUUUGCCAAGCUGAGGAAGCUCAUUCCCACCCACCCGCCAGACAAAAAACUGAGCAAGAACGAGACACUCCGCUUGGCCAUGAGAUACAUCAACUUCCUCGUCAAGGUCCUGGGGGAGCCAGGCCUGCAGCAGACAGCAGUGGCAGCUCGGGGCAGCAUCCUGGGGUUCUUCCAGCAAGCCCCACACUUGCAGAGCAUGGAGGAGCUGACACUGAUUGAAAACUGUGGUGUCUCCUGUCCCGGCAUGAGCAGCAACAUAGUUGAGUGUUGGUCAGAGGCAUCAUCCCCCUAGCAGACAAUGAGACGCGCAGUCUCGGUGUUAGUGUGACAGUCCCUCUCUCCUGGCAGAACCUGUGGGUUGCUCUUCUGUGCAUUGUGAUUAUUUAUUUGUAUUUAUUGCUAUUUAAUUUGCGUUUUUAUUUAAUAGGAUAGGAAAUCCUUGGUCGUGCAAAAACCUGGAAGUCCAGACGGAGAACUUGUGAUCUUUGGGAGCUUGGAAGGACUCGCUGCUGUCAUGGCAGAGUCCAAGCCAGAAGAGUCUUCUGUCCAGAUCUCCUCCAAAAAUCAGGACAUAGAAAUUUCUUCAGUGUUUCUGACAGGGAGAGAGAUUAUUCUCCCAUUCUAUUUCAAGGAAACAGUAUUGAGAUGAAGAAUUAUGACAGCACCGCAAUAUUUCUCCAAAACAGAUAUCUGGCCUUGGUAGUGAAAGAUUUUGAGAGAUGUGAUAUUUGACACAGUCCUCCAUGAGUUCUUCUAG